UCCCUACUUCGCAUGUCUACAAACUCCGAACUAGUUUCCGUGCCUCUCCGCUGCCCGAAUUCUCCACUCUCUGCAUCCAGGGGUCCCCUCCCAGCGUCUACCCCCGGCCUCAGGGGUACCUAGUCGAGCCAGGGGGCAGCGGAUCCCGCGAGUGGAGAGGCCAGGUGAGCCCUGAAAGGUGGGGCGGGGCAGGGGCGCUCCAGGCCCCACCCCAGGAUCCGGUGACGCCGGGGCUGGAAUUUGACACCGGACGGUGGCGGGCAGGAGGCUGCUGAGGGAUGGAGUUGGGCCCGGCCCCCAGACACGGCCCACGGGCUCUGCCAGCAGCAGGUCCCUCGGGCCCCCGCCCUCGCUGUGACCCGAGCCGGAGCCCCACACCCGAGGUAAACCAGCCCGCCUGCCCAUCCCUGGUCCCAGCCCUGGAUGGACGCUCCUGGGGCUAGAGGGAGCGGGCAGGACCAUCCCCCUCCACUCCUUCCUCGCAUCCUCCCUCUCCUGGGCCCGCAGCGCAGCUCUCUGCCCCUCCCAGCCCCUUCAGUCCCUCUUGUCGCUUGUUGGACUGUGCUGGCCCAGCCCGCCUGCUGUAAUGUGAGGCUCCCGCUGCCACUACAGGGCUCAGACUGGCUGCCAAGGCCACACUUUUGGCUAAAAGAGGUGCUGCCAGGUGCACAGCCCUGGGCAUGAGCCAUUUGAGCUGCAGGGGAAAGCCCACCACUGGUCCCAGGAAAAGUGCCUAGAAGAAUACGGUGCAGGACCCCCGUGGUGAGUAGCGGGCUCCUGGAUGGGGAGAGGAGGGCUGGAGGACCAAGUGGCACCAGACUGCAGGGAGGGAGAGGUAGGGCCUGAGCUGCCAUCAAGGGACAUGCUCCUGGGCUCCCCCUAGUGCAGAGGGUCCUUAGGGUUGCCUUGCCUGGCUUUCCCUCCAUCAGUGAGAAUAGUCACCGGCCUGGCCUGGAGGGCCCCGAACCCACUCAGCUGACAGGCGCAUACCUGGCCUUGGAGGACCACCCCAGGAAGGUCUGGGGAGGUCUGUCCCACAGGUGUGCAGGCAUUCUGUGUGCUAGGGGAUGGGGAUGAGGGUGACAGCUGGCACCCAAGGGAAGGACAGAUAAUGAGGGCUCCUGAAGGCUUUGGGGCCCCAAAGGGGUGUUUGGGUGUGCCAGCCAGUGGGAGCUCAGGAAGGCUGGCUGGGAUCAGGAAGGAUGGUUCACAGGACAGACUUCUAGGAACAAGGCUAGGCUGCUAGAUCCACAGAAGGCUGGAAGAGGGGCAGACCUAGAUAAGCUCCCAAAGUGGCUCAGCUCUAAGAGACCAAGCUCCUGUGGAAGCCUGGCUGGCCCUCCCGGGAGUGCCUCAGGCGACUCCCGCUGAGAAUAUGGGAAAGCCCACCGCUCCUUUGGGUCUGCAGGCUUGGCAGACUCUGCCCUCUGGUGGCCAUAGCAGGCUAUGGCCAGGCCCCAUGUUUUCAGAGGGCCCAACAACCCUCACCAUCUGCUGGCUCUGGAGGGACAUCUGUGGUGCUAAGAGAGAACUCAGGCAGCUCUGGGUCCAGAACAGAGAUCACACAGGAACAAGGCACAGCAGCUCUGGGUGGGCAGCAGAGGCUGAGACCUGGGCCUCACUGUCGUCAGAUAACUCAGAGUGACCAUCAAGUUCCCUAAUUCUUCUCCAGGCCUCCUUUUCCUCCCCCACAGCAUGGGGUGAAGGCUUUCUGUAGGGCCAAAUGUGUCCAGCUCCUACCUUCUCCAGCCAAUCCUGGCAGCUCCAGCCCUACAGCACAGACAGGAAGGUUCUGGGAAAAGAGGACCUUCCCUCCCCCCUGGCUAUGUGGGCCCAGCCUUGCGACCUUAGACAAUCACUGAGCUUCUCUGAGCUUUGUUCAUCUGGAAAAGGGAGAUCAAGUCAUUUGCCUCCUGGAGUUUUGAAAGAGGGAAUAGCUGCAAAGCACCUACCACAUAGUAAGGUUCUCAACGCAGCUGCUUCUCCUGGGUUGAGUCCAGCUGUUCAAGCCCCCGUUCCUUACCUGGAGAAACUGAGGCGGAAGGAUGACCCCUCAAAAGAUAACUCAUCUCUCAAUUUACAAGGUGUCUCAAGAGGAGGGUAGGGGAACAGGUCAACAAAGGCUGAUGGGAGCUCCUGGUGUUGGCAGAGAUGGAACUUGGACUUGGAGGCCUUUCCGCACUGUCCCACCGUCCCUGGCCUAGGCGGCAGCCUGCCCUGUGGCCGACCCUGGCUGCUCUGGCUCUGCUGAGCAGCGUCGCAGAGGCCUCCCCGGGCCCUGCGCCCCGCAGCCCCGCCACCCGCGAAGGCCCAGCGCCAGUCCUGGCGCCCCCCGCCGGCCACCUGCCGGGGGGACGCACGGCCAGUUUGUGCGGCGGAAGAGCCCGGCGGCCGCCGCCCCCGCAGCACCCGCGCCCGGCACCCGCGCCGCCCGCGCCCCCGUCUGCUCUUCCCCGCGGGGGCCGCGCGGCGCGUGCCGGGGGCCGGGGCAGCCGCGCGGGGGCGCGGGGCUGCCGCCUGCGCUCGCAGCUGGUGCCGGUGCGCGCGCUCGGCCUGGGCCACAGCUCUGAUGAGCUGGUGCGUUUCCGCUUCUGCAGCGGCUCCUGCCGCCGCGCGCGCUCCCCGCACGACCUCAGCCUGGCCAGCCUGCUGGGCGCCGGGGCCCUGCGGCCGCCCCCGGGCUCCCGGCCCGUCAGCCAUCCCUGCUGCCGACCCACACGCUACGAGGCAGUCUCCUUCAUGGACGUCAACAGCACCUGGAGGACCGUGGACCGCCUGUCAGCCACCGCCUGCGGCUGCCUGGGCUGAGGGCUCUUUCCAGGGGUGUCCAUAUGGGACCCUUGGCCGUGAAUCUUCCUCCUGGGACCCGCAGGGCCUCACUGGCCUCAGUCCUCAGCCGCGUGAGUGAGGGACAUCAGGCCUGGAGAGAUGGAGGGUGACCGACCAGCAGCCGCAGCACCCUCACCCUGCAGAUCCCAGCCCUACAGACACCAGAGACCUCAGCUGUGGAGACCCUAGGACCCACUUCUCACCGACUCUGGCACUGGCCAGGCCUCGGGACCCCUCUGGAGAACCCAGCCCUAACUGACGGCCCAGGCCCCAGCCCCUGCCCAGGCCCUGGGGGGUGGGGGGGCAGAAUUUGGAGGAGACACAUUGCAGUUCCAUGGCUGAAAGUGCCUGUGCUGGAGCUGGCCUUGUACUCACUCGUGGGAACUGGACCCUUAUUUAUUAUUUCUAAGUUAUUUAUUUA